UCACGCAUGCGCAGUUGUUUUCACAUCAGUGUUCCGGGUUGCUCAUUGAGCACUGUGUCAAACACGAUAUAGUUAUUUUUUCUUCAGUUCGAUGGUCAGGCCCAGGUUGUUUUUAAGCAGAGAGACUCCUUCAGAUUUCCCGUAGACGAAGUGUGUAAGGAUGAACUUCUUCCGAGGAGUGAUAGCAGGACAGUCUGCAGGGCCGCAGCCGACCGGAGCCGAGACGAUUCAGAAGUUGUGCGACAGAGUUGCCUCUUCAACGCUUUUAGAAGAUCGCAGAGAUGCUGUUCGGGCACUCAAGUCCCUCUCUAAGAAAUAUCGCCUGGAAGUUGGCACACAGGCGAUGGAUUACUUGAUUAACAUUCUGCAAACUGACAGGUCUGACUCAGAAAUCCUUGGAUAUGCUUUGGACACGCUCUACAACAUCAUCUGCAACGAUGAGGAGGAAGAACAAGAUGAAUCAGAAGAUGAGAACGCUCAGAAGCAGGCGGACGACCUCGGCGCCCAGUUUACUGAGAAGCUCAUCCAGGACCCCGAACACGUCACGCUGCUGCUCACUCUGCUGGAGGAGUUUGACUUCCACGUGCGCUGGCCUGGAGUGAAGCUGCUGACUGCUCUGUUGAAGAACCAGGGCGUUCAGGUGCAGGGCGUCAUCCUCGUCAGCCCCAUGGGUGUUUCCAGAUUGAUGGACUUGUUGGCCGACUCCAGAGAAGUCAUUCGCAAUGACGGUUUACUGCUGCUUCAGCAGCUGACUAAAGGCAACGCAGCCAUUCAGAAGAUUGUAGCGUUUGAGAACGCAUUCGAGCGUCUCCUUGACAUCAUCACAGAAGAGGGCAGCAGUGACGGAGGUAUCGUAGUGGAGGAUUGUUUGCUGCUGCUGCUCAACCUGCUGAAGAACAACAGCUCCAACCAGAACUUCUUCAAGGAGGGCUCCUACAUCCAGAGGAUGAAGCCGUGGUUCGAGGUUGGUGAUGAUAACUCUGGCUGGUCUGCACAGAAGGUCACCAACCUCCACCUCAUGCUGCAGCUGGUGCGAGUCAUGGUGUCUCCGGUGAACUCGCCUGGAGCCACAGCCAGCUGUCAGAAGUGCAUGUUCCAGUGCGGUCUGUUGCAGCAGCUGUGCACCAUCCUCAUGGCCACCGGCGUGCCUGCUGACAUCCUCACUGAGACCAUAAACACUGUUUCAGAAGUGAUCCGAGGCUCACAGGUCAACCAGGACUACUUUGCUUCGGUCAACGCUCCUUCAAGUCCACCAAGACCAGCCAUCGUGGUGCUGCUCAUGUCCAUGGUCAACGAGCGGCAGCCGUUCGUGCUUCGCUGUGCCGUUCUUUACUGCUUCCAGUGUUUCCUGUACAAAAACCAGAAAGGCCAGGGGGAGAUCGUGGCUACCCUGCUGCCCUCCACCAUCGAUGCUAAUUCCAUUUCAGCAGGCCAGCUGCUGUGUGGAGGCCUGUUUUCAGCAGACUCUCUGUCCAACUGGUGCGCUGCUGUGGCCCUCGCUCAUGCCCUGCAGGACAACCUCACCCAGAAGGAGCAGCUGCUCAGAGUCCAGCUGGCCACCAGCCUGGGCAAGCCCCCGGUGUCCCUGCUUCAGCAGUGCACCAACAUCCUGUCCCAGGGCAGUAAAGUCCAGACCAGAGUGGGCCUCCUCAUGCUGCUGUGCACGUGGAGCAGCAGCUGCCCCAUUGCUGUCACGCACUUUCUGCACAAUCAGGACAACGUUCCCUUCCUGACUGCUCAGAUCUCGGAGAACCUGGGGGAAGACGAGCGGCUCGUGCAGGGCCUCUGUGCGCUGCUGCUCGGCAUCUGCAUCUAUUAUAACGACAACUCGCUGGAAAACUACACCAAGGAGAAGCUGAAGCAGCUGAUCGAGAAGCGCAUCGGGAAGGAAAACUUUGUGGAGAAGCUCGGCUUCAUCACCAAACACGAGCUUUAUUCGCGGGCGGCCCUGAAGCCGCAGCCCGUCUUCCCGUCUCCGGAGCAGAUGCUUUUCGACCACGAGUUCACCAAACUAGUUAAAGAACUGGAGGGGAUGAUAACCAAAGCAGUUCACAAGUCCAGCGAGGAGGAGAAGAAGGAAGAGGAGGUGAAGAAGACACUGGAGCAGCACGACAACAUUGUAACUCGGUACAAAGAGCUGAUCAGAGAGCAGGACGCUCAGAUCCAGGAGCUGAAGGAGCAGAUGCUGUCUCUGAGCACUCAGAACGAACAGAUGCAGAGUACCAUGAGCCAGCAGCUGUCUCAGAUCCAGCAGCACAAAGACCAGUACAGCAUCCUCAAACUAAAGCUAGGUAAGGAGAACCAGAGUCCACCCACGAACCACGGAGACGUCUCUCAGGUGAACGGGCUUCAGACAGAAGAGCUCCUCCAGCUCAGGGAGGAGCUGGAGGAGCUCCGCCGGCAGCACGCCCUUCUGCAGACACAACUCCACGACAAAGACGCGCUCGUCGACAGCCUGAAAGUGUCGCAGCAGACGGAGAGUCCAGCAGCAGGACCAGAGAACACGGAGCUGCUCCAGGACUUGGAGUCUUUAAAGGAUCAGAUUCAGGCCCAGUCGGCAGAAAUCCACCAGCUGAAGACGGAGAGACAGGAUCUGCUGAGACAAGCGGAAGCUGUGGCCUCUGACGGUGACGGCACAUCUCACGCCACUCGAACAGACUUGGAGAGCAGACUCCGGGCGCAGCAGUCUGAGACAGAGAAGCUGAAGGACAGCCGAGCACAGCUGGAGCAGCAGCUGGCUGCAGCCACAAGCACGGUGGCCAUCGUGCAGACGGAGAAGACGAAGCUUCUGAGUGAGCUCCAAGAGUCCAAGAAGGAGCAGGAUGACCUUCUGAUGCUGCUGGCAGAUCAGGACCAGAAGAUCCACAACCUCAAACAGAAGCUCAAAGACCUCGGGGAGACGGUGGACGAUGAAGACGACAUUGACGCUCGGGACCAGACCUCUGAGGAGGACGACGAAGAUGAGGACUAGAAGUAAAGGAGGCUAGAAAAGACUUGUCCUGCAUCAGAUCCAGCUGAGAAACUGGAGAACUAAUAAAUCCUGAAGUCGUUCGUCCUCCAGCUGCCGCGCUCCGCUCGUUCCUUUACAUCGACGCAUCUCGCACACUUUUCUUUCGUGGACGUGUUUUUCCUUCAGUCCAGUUUCGUGACAGCUGAGAGGUUUGAACGUGGAGCGUUCUCCACCGUGUUCAUCAGUUUCACCAGUUUCAUGCCAUGUUCUUAAAUGGUUCCCAGUCGGUAACAAAAGGUUCUUUGCAUUUUUACAGUUGAUCUGGAAAGUGAAGUUUUAAAACGGCUCAUUUCAAACAGAUUGUGAGUUCUUCAAGCUUCUCCUGCACUGCUGAGCACGUGUGUGUGCACAUCUUGUAACAUACAACUACUUCUGCUCCUGAGUUCGUCUGGCCUCUAGCUGAGCGCACGGUUAGCGUUCACAGUAUUUAACACUUGUUUUGCUUCACUCGAGCAAAGGAAAAUCUGGAAGAUGUAUUUUUGCACCUUUUUGGUCCCGCGCUGGUAUUUAGAUCCUGUAUGAUGUAACUUAUCAAUCGAACUGCCUUGAAAUGAGUAAAGAAUAUAUGUGUAUGUCAUAAAGAGGAAAAGCUGUAGAUAAAUUAAAUUUUACUAAAUCUACACGUUUUUAUUUAUUUUUCAUUUGGAGUCUUUUCCUCUGCGUGUUUAUUUUAAACCUCUUGUAAUGAGUGCGUUUGGCCACUAGGUGGCAACAAAGACCAAGUUGAAGCUCUGCACACGCACGCACACGCACUCAAUGCUGCAGGAAUGAUUUGUUGCUGAUCAAACUGAU